UCCCCAUCAUCCGCACUCUAUUAUUACUGCAACUGCCUUUCUAUCAAUCUUCAUAAACACAAUCAGCUUUUCAUAAUGUCUAACCAAGAGCCCAGCAAAGCCUCUGGCCAGUAUCACUCGUUGAAGGGUACCGUUGUCGAAACUGUUGGAGAUGUGACUGGCGCUCAAUCCUGGAAGCAAACGGGUAAAGAAGAGCAUGCCAAGGGCGAGGCCGAGUACAAUGCUGCUCAAGCCCAAGGGUACGCAGAGGGCGUGUCAGAUAGAGUAGGGGGUUACAAAGACUCGGUUGUUGGAGCUGUGACAGGCGACAAAACUCAGCAGGCUACAGGAAAUGCGAGGAACGAGAAGGGUCAAACUCAGCAGGAAGUUAACAAGCCCCAAUGAUCGUAUAAUUGACUGUGCAUUUGUAUUUAGAAAUUAUUGUAUGGUCGCGUUGUUGGCGAUAAUCAUAAUUUUGAUGUUAGUGUAGUGUCUCAGUCAUUUGUAAUACGCAUUAACCACGAGUUCACCUGGACAUUCAACCUCUAAAACAGAAGGUAAACAACCUUCAUCUUGAUGAGUCGUGUUGGGGGCGAAUACAUCAGUUGCAUUCAUGUCAGG